CCGGGAGGGGACGUCGACUCCGGGGGGAUUUGAAUCCAUUUGGCGACCAGAUGAUGAACUCCACCCUCCCCCGUGGGAUGCACACCUCUCUGCACUUCUGGAACCGCAGCAGCUACGGGCUGCACAGCAAUGCCAGCGAGACCCUGGGGAAGGGCUACUCGGAUGGGGGUUGCUACGAGCAACUUUUUGUCUCCCCGGAGGUGUUUGUGACUUUGGGUGUCAUUAGCUUGCUGGAGAAUAUUCUAGUGAUCGUGGCCAUAGCCAAGAACAAGAAUCUGCACUCACCCAUGUACUUUUUCAUCUGUAGCCUGGCUGUGGCCGAUAUGCUGGUGAGCGUUUCCAACGGAUCAGAGACCAUAGUCAUCACCCUGUUAAACAGUACGGACACGGACGCGCAGAGUUUCACGGUGAAUAUUGAUAAUGUCAUUGACUCGGUGAUCUGUAGCUCUCUGCUUGCAUCAAUUUGCAGCCUGCUUUCCAUUGCAGUGGACAGGUACUUUACCAUCUUUUAUGCUCUGCAGUACCAUAACAUCAUGACCGUGAAGCGGGUCGGGAUCACCAUAAGCUGCAUCUGGGCGGCCUGUACGGUGUCGGGGGUGCUGUUCAUCAUUUAUUCUGACAGCAGCGCUGUCAUCAUCUGCCUCAUCACCAUGUUCUUCACCAUGCUGGCUCUCAUGGCCUCCCUCUAUGUCCACAUGUUCCUCAUGGCCAGACUUCACAUUAAGAGGAUUGCUGUCCUCCCAGGGACGGGCGCCAUCCGCCAAGGGGCCAACAUGAAGGGGGCCAUUACGCUGACCAUUCUGAUUGGGGUCUUUGUUGUCUGCUGGGCCCCGUUCUUCCUUCACUUAAUUUUCUACAUCUCGUGCCCCCAGAAUCCAUACUGUGUGUGCUUCAUGUCUCACUUUAACUUGUAUCUCAUACUGAUCAUGUGCAACUCAAUCAUUGACCCCCUCAUUUAYGCACUCCGGAGUCAAGAACUGAGGAAAACCUUCAAGGAGAUCAUCUGUUGCUGUCCCCUGGGGGGUCUCUGUGACUUGGCCAGCAGAUACUAAAUGGGG